UACGCGAAACAAAAUGGCGGAAGAAGAGACUUCUGCAGAAGCCUUGGUGAGCCUACGAGGUAUUGGAUCACAGUCCCCAUUUAGCUCACCUGCAAAACGCAGCACUCCGCCACGGUCUAAGAAAAGAACCAGACAGACCGAUGACAGUGUGGAGGAUUCUGACUUAGACAGAGGCACAGAUGAAGGGGAAUACUCACUCUCCUCCCCCAGAACAAGGAGAAUGACAAAAGCAGCUUCUCUGUUAUUUGGCAAUGGUAGUACAGACAAGAGGCUUGCUAAGGCUUCAUUUGCCAAGUUACAGAACCUUUUGAAGUUACCCAAAGCAGCAAGAUGGUGUUAUUUUGAAUGGUUCUACUCCAGCUUAGACAGAGUCUUAUUUCAAGGUGACAACGACUUCCAUGUUUGCCUGAGGGAAUCAUUUCCAAAUUUGAAGACUCACAAAUUACGUCGUGUUGAAUGGAGGGAAGUUAGAAGAUUAAUGGGUAAACCAAGAAGAUGUUCUCCAGCCUUUUUCCUGGAGGAGCGGCAAGCCUUGGAAGAGAAAAGACGAAAGAUCCGCAUGCUUCAGCAACGAAAGGUUACUGAACUAAGCAGGUUCAAAGAUUUACCAGAUGAAGUUCCGUUACCUUUAGUUAUUGGAACAAAGGUUACAGCCCGCCUGCGUGAGCCUCCUCAUGAUGGCCUUUUGACCGGUCAGAUAGAUGCUGUUGAUACUGUAAAUUUCUCUUACAGAGUAACUUUUGAUCGCCCAGGCCUUGGAACUCAUUCAGUACCUGAUCUUGAAGUAUUGAGUGAGGAGGCUCAUGACACUAUGCCCAUAUCAGCAUUUCUUCAAAAAGAACGACCAAGAACUGCAGCAUUCACUCCUGCUUAUACACCACCAAGGCUUCUUCCUGCUGGUAGUGACUUGAAUAGCCCAAAUAUGGUUCAUGAUCCUCUUAUAGGAGCUUCACCCGGAAGGUUACGACUUCAAGAUGCAAUCUCCCAACAAGGGCAAGGUGGCACUCUUGGUGGUUUUCCAAUCAGGUUUCUCAUCCUUGUGACAAGGUUAUCAAAGAUCUUACUUGUCAAGAAAGAAUGCAUUGAAAAGUUGAGAGAAAUGAACACACAAGCUGAAAAUAUGAAAUCCUACCAGGAGCCCAUUGAUAAGGAGUUCCAGAGGAGAUAUGCUUCUGUGGUAUUGGAAUUAGAGCGGCUUAAUAAGGAUCUCAAUGAGUAUUUAACAGGUGUUCAGGAGUUUUGCCAAGAGCUUGCCCCUGAACAAGGUGUUCAAUCUAUGGAUCCCUCCAGUAGUGUUAAAAGAAGAUGCGAUGAAGAGGCUACCAAAGUAGUGGAAGACAAUAAUGCAAACAUGGGCCUAAACGCUCUCACAAGUGAGCCAUUGGUGCAGAUUGUCAGCAGUCUAACUUCUCUCAUGCUUCAAAUUAAGUCAUUAGCAGAGAAUGAUCUCAAUACCUUUGAGUUCAAAUCUUUAUCUGAUGCAGUGGAUGAAAUCAAGAAAACUAUAGAUCCUUCAAACAUUAGCUGUUUUCAAAACAAUGUAGAGAUUCAUGUCGCUCACAUCCAGUCUGGUCUUAGUCAGAUGGGAAAUUUACAUGCCUUUUCAACAUCUGCUGGGCCUUCAUAAGACACAUGGACAGUCUACAGUUCUUGGUCAACAUGUGUGCUACAUUGAGACGUGAAAAUAAAAGCCAACUCGAACAUGAGUAGAUAUGUGGAAUGUCAUUUUUGAAAUAUGGUUUUUGUGCCCACUACUCAAAAUGACUACUUAAUCCUGCUGUCUUCAGCAUGUUAUUUAAACAAAUGCAGAUAAUGAUAUUGUAAAGAAAUGUUGUGGGUAAUAAUUAUUGUCACUGUGGUGAAUUGACUUGAAAUGAAGUAGAAUUGUUUGUCAAAAGAUUUGAUUGCCUCCCAAUACUGGAUCCACAUUGGAAGCAACACAUGCUUCUUUGAUCCAUAGCCCAUGGCAGAAACGAGAGAGGACUGGGAAAGAGUGCGGUUGUUUUCCGUUUGUUUGAAAAACUAAGAUAUUCAAAUGAAAG